CGGUGCGACGCCCAUGCCAAAUCUUCAACAUAAUUGGAACAUUGUUGGUCGUGUCAUCAAUGAGGUGGAGGCAUUAUAUGAGUGCAUAGAAUGUGAUUGGAAGUGGAGGGAAGAAAGAAGGGCCCUAUGCACCAACAAUUAGGUAUGUGCCACCAUCGAGCGUCCUGGCAAAUUAUCAGGCAUGUACCACUAUCGAGUGCUGUUGGUGGACCUCAAGUUUAACUAGAGCAUUUGAAAUAAAGAAAACAAACUCGAUUUUAGAGGGAAAACAAGUCACUUUACAAAACAAGUUGAAAUAAAGAAACAAAACUAAAGAUUAUGAGAGAUUGUUUCAACUAGAGCAUGAUGAUCCGACUCAAAGAAAAAAAAAACUAGAGCAUGAUGACAGAUCCCAUCAUCUCAUCUAUGAUCCUUCAUCAAGUGCUCCAUCAAGUGCUCCAUCGAAGUCGCUCCUCCAUGAUCAGCGGCGUUCGUAGCCUCGGCCCAAAAAGUUUGAUUCGACACAAUUGCACAAUUGACCGGUCCUGCUCCAACUCCAAAGGCGAUCUAAGUUUAAAAUAUUAACAUUUUGUUAAGAUGUUAAACGUGACCAUGAUAGAAAAGAUGUUGUACUGCUUUCGUUGGUGUUCUUAUGUUCCUCUUGCCCGUUCUUCCCACAAUGGUCAGGAUGCUUCUAAAUUGCACCAUUACCUGAUCAGGGCGAAUGCAGUCUCAGCCGUCCUAUCUUCUGCCUGAGCCGAUCUCGGCCGUCCGUCUUUCUCACGGCGUCUGGUAAAAACCAUCCGGCAGAAAACCUAACUCGCCGGUCCUCUCUCUGCUCUCCGCUCAACAGCUUCCGCCGCCACCCUUCCCCCCGCGCGUCUCUCCUUCCCGAUCUCCUCGGCAACCGCUGCCGCGCUCCGCUUCUCCCCCCACGGCACUAGCUCCCGCCAUCGAGCUCCACCCUCCUCCAAUCCCCGCCCCGGGCUCUGCUUCCCAUCCCCCCUCGUGCCACCACCUCCAAUCCAUAGCGCCGGCGGUGGCGGUGCUUCCGGCGACAUCACUGGACAGCGGCGAGUAUGAAUAGAUAUAGAUAGAGGGAACAAAUUAAUCGUUCCUCUGGCCAAACUUUCACCUUACUCCAAGCCCACCUCCAGAAUGGCAGAGCAAUACAAGAUUUCUGCUGCCAUGGUAUCUGAGGAAAGGUCGUAUGUGCUCAAGGUGGAUGGAUACUCAAGAGCCAAGGCGCUACUCAAGAACGGCGAGUGCGUGGAUUCUGACCCUUUCAGUGUUGGAGGCCACGACUGGGCCGUGUUAUAUUACCCAAACGGCGACGGUGAUGAUUGUGCCGAUUUCAUAUCUCUUUUUGUAAGUUUUGAAUCUGCCGAUGCUGCUGAAGACGUGAAGGCGAAAUUCGCGUUCAGUGUACUUGACGAGAAUGGAGAACCGGUGUCUUCAUACAGCUAUACGCACCCAAUGCAUACCUUCUCAAGCAAAAGUGAUAACUGGGGUUACCAUAAAUUCAUCAAGAGGGCUGAUCUGGAGGUAUCAGGGCAUAUGAGAGACGACUGUCUCGCCAUCAGGUGUGAUCUCACCGUCAUCCAUGAUAAAGAAACAAUUGUUCCUCCAGGCAACCUGCACCGGCAUCUUGGUGACCUCCUAAACAACAAGGAUGCAGCAGACCUGACCUUUCAGGUCGGUGGACAGAGUUUCUCGGCCCAUAGGUGUGUCCUCGCUGCUCGGUCUUCAGUCUUCAAGGCGGAGCUCCUCGGUGCCAUGGAGGAGAGUUAUGCAGCUAGUCCUAUUGAAAUCUGUGACAUGGAAGCUGAUGUGUUCAAGUCCUUGCUCCACUUCAUAUACACCGACACAGUUCCUCCUGUGCUUGAUGUGGUGAUGGCCGGCCAUCUCCUUGUUGCGGCUGACAGAUACAAUAUCGGGAGGCUGAAGAUGAUAUGCGAGGAGAAAUUGUGCAGUCACAUUGAUUCCGGCAUGGUGGCAACUAGUUUGGCAUUGGCCGAGCAGCAUGGUUUCCAUGCUCUCAAAAAAGCUUGUUUAAAGUUCCUUGCUUCUCCGUCCAAUUUGGAGGCGAUGAUGGCGAGUGAUGGGUAUGAGCAUCUGAAAUCUAGUUGCCCAUCUGUUUUCAAGGAGCUCGUAGCUGAAAUCCUCCCGGCUGAACUGAAAGCAGCAAAGGAUAUUAUCAUGACAAUGUGGAAGUAAUGCCUGCAGAACUAUUUUCAUAUAUGUUAUCCAAAUUUUCUUAGUAGUGGUUGUGCUAGUUCUCCAUGUAUGGUUGCUAGUGUGUCUCUGAACAAAAUUGUUAGUAUUAAUCAUUCAGUCUAAUUUAUGUUCAGGUGAGUA